GGGGGAUACGUCAAAGUCGCGCAAAGCCGCUGGCCGCUGUAGGCUGUAGAGAAAAAUCUGUUCCGCCACACGAUGGGGCGCGACUGGACAACACUACGCGGGAAUGUCUCGCGAGUACGCGGAUGAGAAUAAGGGUUGUGCGCGAGUGUAUCCCUGCGAGAGAGUUAACAUGAUCAGCGGCAUUCAGAUCGCCCUGAAGAAUGCCAUUGACGUGAUAGCCCCGCCGGCGACACCAUUGCAAGAUUUCACCUACCACUGGAAACAAUUGAUGAACUUCUAUGUGAGUCAUCUGACCGAUUGCAAGGUGCCUGUACAAAACACCAGUAUACCCCGGCAUCUAGAUGUAUUACUGGAUAUCUUAUUACAAGAAGAGAAAGAAGAAAACGAACCGGGACCUUGCCUAGAAUAUCUUUUACAGCACAAACUCUUGGAUCUGCUGGCGACCUUGGCUAGCGCAGAGACACCGCCUGGCAUGCGAACAGUGUGCCUUGCCUUUCUGAGAAAAUUUUUAGGCAGGUCAAUAUACCCUUUACUGCAUCACACAUCUAUCUAUGCGCCAAUACAACGAUUAGUGGCACUCUGCAAUGGCAAUCCACCGUCACCAAUCGAGGCUGAAGAGAUACAGUUUCUGUUGACAAUCUGCUACUUGGCGUGCAAAUACCCUCAUUUGACCAAUAUCAUCAAUGAUGCGCCAGUUGUGCAGACAGCCAACAAUCCUACCAAGAAAGAUAACGAGAGAACGGAGAUUCAAAGGGUGACGUACGUCCCGACUAGAAAGAGGAUCAAUUCCAACCCUUUGUUCGAGCCUUUGGAUACACAAGCGAUCACAUUGAUCAACCCAAACCUCUUUGACAAGGAACGCCGGAAAUUGCCACGUUCGAAUCAUGUUUUCAAGACGACCGCGUCAGAUCCAAGACAUUUGUCCAGGAGAUCGAACGAGUCUAUGUCCUCGAGGGAGGAGAGCGUAUCAUCGAGUCCUCUGGCCCAAAAGUCCGUUUGCGAUUCGCCCUUGUUGAACAUGAACAUCAGCGAACAAUGGGAAGAAAAGGAUGUAGGCGACUCUUCGGGGAAUAAAAUUGACGAACAUUUGCAAAACUUGCGAGAUUUGCGAUUGGAUACUAAUUGCAAUGCCUAUGAGGACGCGGGUUACGUGGCGAGUGAUAAUCAGAGUUUAAAAUCACCGAAGAAGAUGCCUGAAAAGUCCAAAUGUCUCCUAUUGGACGCCUUGCUCAGCUACUUAAAUAGCGCGGACAACACCGUGAGAAUACGAGCAUGCGAGGGAAUAAUGGCCUUAGCGUCCCUGAAGGAUUCUUCGUUCGCGCAAACGGUGGCCAGGAGUGAACUACCAUCAAUAGUCUCCACUCGCCUGGAGAAUUUGUUUAAUGCCAUUCCAGCACACGUAGAUCACUUAGAUAUCUACAAUGUAGAUGUCACAUGGGGCCUGGACUCACCGUUAUGGACUCAGGAAAAGAAAUUCCCCGGUUGCCGGCAAGUGGCGGCGUUCUUCAUGUGGUACGACUAUUGUGAUCGGCUGAUUAGAGAAGCUCAGAUGGAGCUUGCCGAGAUGUUGACGAGGACCAUUCGAGUGAUGUUUUUUGAGAGGAUAGUGACGCCCGCUCUGGCCGAUCAUCAUGUCGUACUUAUCACAGCCCUUGUCGCCAAGUGCUGGAAGGUGACUACCUCCUCCAUAUUGUGCACAGAGGUGAGUUACUGGUUAGUCGGACAAGAUAGAGAUCCAGAAAUACCAAACGUGUGGACGUCACCGGUGUUGCACAGAUUGAUAGAGAACUGCUUCACAGACAGUAACGAUCUCACGGUAGAAACGUUGAAAUUGUUCGAGGAGGCCAUAGACAAAAGAAACGAACACAUAUUGCACUGUCUCGUACUGAUUUAUCUGUCCACGCGAGCAUAUUAUGAUAACACCGCUGCUGAUAGUGCUAUCACCUCGUGGAGUGACGAGGAAGACGAAAGAGAGAAAGACAAAAAAGGAACUCUGGAUCUUUCUUAUGAGCAAAAUCACAGUCGCACUUUGGCACCGAGUAAUAUCCACCGAGUCAUUAAUUGUUUCCUGUCGUUGAUGCCACGUUAUUUGCAAACAGAUCCGGACGUUAAUAACUGUGAGAAGUAUAUGCCAGCUUGGGAGCAGCAGUACACUUCAGCACUUUCUGACUGCGCUCUGAUGGCGUGGCCAUUAGAAGCGGUAAUGGUAGACGAUUCCGCGAGUUCCGACUCGCGACCGGAAGCUGAUCAUUGCUCAGGCAGAUUCUACAUGGGACCAUUCCUGAGCAUGCUUUUUGACAAAAUUAGUAACAUACCAAGACAGACGUAUGAAAUUAACUUAGAGGUCAUGGGGUUGAUCCUCAGAUUGGCGCUACUCCCGCACCCGUACCUGCACGAGUUUUUGCUAAAUCCUCUGUUACCUCUGAUACCUAGCACGAAGAGUCUAUUCUUGUGCUUACAGAAGGUUGUCAAGCAGCUCGUUAGCGAAAUACCAAAGACACCAGAAAAUAAGAUAAUGCUGGCGGAAACGAGGCAGAGAUUGCUGAGUAAUUGUUUUCAAGAAGAGGAGAAGGAGAAUAUUCUAUACGAAAGUGCUGUAGUGACGGAAGAAUUAUGCAAGGAACUCGCAGGCAUAGCAUAUGUUAAAUAUCAUCAUUCUGUUUAACAAAUUUCUGCAUAUGAGGUAUUUGUUAAAUAUAAUGACAAUAUUUGAAUAAUUUGUGGACAUUAAUAUAUCAAAAUCGUAUAACUACCUGUACUUUAAGUAGCAAAUACUUUUUGUGAUGACUUUGUAAGAUAUAA